AUGACGUCCGGUACUGUCUCCUCGCUUGUUCUCCUGCUUUUGAGCUGUACACAGGUGUUGGCUCAAAACGCAAACACACAGCAGGUGUCUUUUAACCAAGUCCUUAAUGUCAAUGGCGAUAUGCAACUCAACUCUUUUCAAUUUCCUGACCGCUCAAAGGUUGAGACAUUCUCCCAGAAGCAACAGCAGAUAAUUGUUAAUCAACAAACACCCGCCAUUCCCGCAAACCAAGUCACGGGAACUACUGGUCAACCCUUCGUCGCUGUCUCGCCGCAAUCGAUGACUAUCAGCACGAACGGCGCUACAGAUCUCGUUGGUGGCCAAAUCGAGAUGGCCAUGACGAUGCAGAACUUGCAGGCAGUUGCUGUCCAACCCGACAACACAUACGUUGCUAUGCUGUCGCCUGACCGUCAAUCCUGGAUGAUUCAGGAGACUAUGAGGAGUGUCAACACUACUGAUAUGACGGUCCGCAUGGUCAAGCGCACUCAGAUGGACGGCGAGUACAUGGUUGUUGGUCGUCAGACCGUCGAGACCAACACUCUGGUCACUCCUUUCGGCAGUGACGGCAGCACAUCCGUCGCUAUUCAAGGUACUGGUCUACAAGAGAACGAGUUCCAGGAUGGCUUCAGGAUGUCGACUCGCGCUACUCAGCCCAUGACUAUGAACGUCGACGUCAAGGAUGGCGUCGACUCGAGCAUGUUGGCUGCUCUCCAGGGUCAGGCCCCAGUCAACGACUACCGUUACUCAGUUGUCUCCAACCUGGCUGCUGUCACCCCUGAUCUAAACCAGCAAGUCACUGUUGUCCAGAUGCCCAUCAAUGCUAUCCGUAUCCAGAAGAUGAUGCAAGCCAUGGGCGUCCCCCCCACCGGCCAAGUCGCUAUUGCCGUCGCUCAGCGUGGUGUUCUCCAGAACCCCGGAGGCGCAACAGGAAACCUUGGUGGAGCCGCUACCCAACGUCGUGGUCUUAGCCGUGGUGAAUUCAGACGCCAGAUCCAGCAGGGCCAGCAGCAGGGCCAGCAGCAAGGCACACCUACCAAUGGCAACAACCCCGUGGCGACUCAGCUCCUUCUUGCACCUACCUUUACCCCCAUUCAGGCUAACGCCGUUCUUGACCAAGCCAACAUGCGCAUUGCUGUUCCUGUCCGCCAGAUUGAUGGAGAGUACAUCCUCACUAUGCAAGUCAUGGGCGGUGCGCAACCCGCACAAGCCGCUCAGCCUCCUCAGCCUGCUCAACCUGCUCAACCAGCCGCUGGUGAGGGUCAAACACCCACUGCUGCUGAGCCUGCCGCUCAAUCUAGCUUGACACCCACUGGUGAAGCACCUGCAUCGAGCGCCAGCGCAGCGGCCGGUGAGAAGAAGCCCGCAGCCGAAGGCGAGAAGCCAGCGGCCGAGGGUGAGAAGAGACCCACCAUGGAAGGUGCUGCCGCCAACAGCACCGAGGCCAAACCCGAGCGCCGCCAGGAAAACAAGGACUCAGGCAAGGACAAGUACGGCCUCGACAAGGCGCCUCAAGGAGCUGUCAUCAUGACUAUGAAGGAGAUCGAUACCAUGGCUAACAUGGUCACAUGGGGUGGUCAAGUCGCCAUUACUAAGAUGAUGAGCGAGUACGUCAAGGAGCAGACUGGCAAAGACAUGGCACCUAUUAACAACGGUACUGAGACUGCCGAGGCUGGUGCCAAGAUUGUCGUCUAA